AUGCCUCUAUCGCGCACCGAGCUCACCCAUCGCUUCACCCAGCGUCGCGCCAAUCCCCGCCUGGUAGCGCUUCAUAGGGCGCUGUCACGGUUGAAAUCGACGGUUACCGUGCUUCACACGGGCGCCCAUCCCGAUGAUGAGCAAAACGCCAUGCUCGCCUGCAUGCGCUUCGGACUCGGCAUGCGCACCAUCAUUGGCUGUUCCACGCGCGGGGAGGGUGGCCAGAACACCCUCGGUCCCGAGCGCGGCGGCGCACUUGGCGUCGUUCGGACCCGCGAACUUGAAGAAUCAGCAAAGGUGAUCGAUGCAGAUAUCGUCUGGUUCGGUUUCGGCCCCAACGAUCCUGUCCAUGAUUUCGGGUUCUCGAAAAACGGUCACGAUACCCUCGAACGCUGGCAGCACGAUCUGAUCGUCGAGCGUAUGGUAGAGGCUUAUCGAAGCGAAAAGCCCGAUAUUGUCAUUCCCACUUUUCUCGACGUGCCAGGUCAGCACGGGCACCACCGCGCCAUGACCAUGGCCGCCGAACAGGCGAUUGCACUGGCUGCGGAUCCCGACGCCUAUCCCGAGCAUUUCGCGCGCGGCCUGGCUCCCUGGCAGGUCACCAAAUAUUAUCUGCCCGCCUGGUCGGGUGGCGGAUCGACCUACGAUGACGAGGUGCCACCACCUGCCGAAACGGUAAGGUUUAUCGCGACCGACCCCGAUUUUGCAUCCGGUGUGACUUUUGACGAGAUCGGGGAAUGGUCGCGGCUCUACCAUGCCAGCCAGGGCAUGGGGCGCUGGCCCGAAAAUCCGAAGGCCGAAUGGCCCCUGCAUCUUAGGGCCGGGCCAGAUGAUAACGGCAGUAUCACCGAUAAUCUUCCCGGCUGCCUGGCUGACAUAAUCCCGGGGCUGGCGGCCGCCGACACGGCCAUUGCCACCGCGAUCGCCGCUUUCCCCAAAGCCGGAGAGAUCAUCGCCCCCUUGGCGGUGGCCCUUGAGGUCAUCGAGACCAACGCCGAGACCGUCCCGGCACAACACAUCCAUCGCAUCGAGACCAUGAUCGCCGAUCUCGAAGCCGCCAUGCUCGUUGCAACCGGCAUCGAUUGUGUCGCAGCGCUCGACCGGCCGGUCGUUGCGCAGGGCCAGACGAUCGAUCUCAGCCUGACGCUUCGCGGUGCGCCCGAGGAUGUUUCCGUCGACCUGAUCCUCCCCGACGGUGUGUCGGUCAUCGCUCAGCGGCCGGGCCGAUACACGCUGGAGGUCGCGCCUGACGCGCCGAUCACCGAGCCCUUUACCCAGUCCUUUGCUGCAUCUGGCGCCAAUGGAGACGCGUGUAUCGUCCUGACCCUGACUAUCGCUGGACGCACGAUCUCGAGCGCCGUUGGCCUGGAACGGCCGUUGACCAUCGUGCCCGCCGCCUCGGUCAGCCUGGCGCCCAGCGCCGUCCUGGUGCCCGCUGACGCCGAAUUUUCCGGUUGCUCUGUGGAAGUCAAAAUCGAAGGCGGUGCCGGCGAUCUGAGCCUUUCCAGCCCCCAAGCCAUCGAAGUUGCACCGAACAGGGACGGCGUCACGCUCUCGGGCCGUGGCUUGGCCGAAGGGCGCCAUGGCCUCGACGUGCUUGUCGACGAUACGCCAGCCUUCACCGUCCAGCCCAUCGACUACGCCCAUAUCGGCAAAAGCCUCUAUGUAACCCCCGCACGGCUCGAUAUUCUUGCGCUCAACCUCGCCCUCCCCACCGACCGGCGCGUCGCCUAUGUCGGUGGCGGUGCCGACAAUGUCGGCGUCUGGCUGGCGAGGAUGGGGUUUGAGGUGACCGAACUCGACGCGCGGGCGCUUUCGGAAGACCUCUCUGGGUUUCCCACGAUUGUCGUCGGCAUUUUCGCCUUCGGGCUGAGGCCCGACCUAGCCGCCAGCACCGAAGCGCUGCAUGCCUAUGUCGAGGCGGGAGGCAAUCUUGUCACCCUCUACCAUCGCCCAUGGGAUGGCUGGGACCCUGACAGCGUUCCCCCGCGCUUUCUCAAGAUCGGUCAGCCCUCAUUGCGCUGGCGGGUGACCAACCCCGAGGCGCCGGUCGAGAUCCUCGCCACCGACAAUCCGGUCCUUGCCGGCCCCAACCCCAUUUCGGCUCGCGACUUCGAAGGCUGGAACAAGGAACGCGGCCUCUAUUUCGCUGCCGAAUGGGACAAAGCCUACACCCCGCUUCUCGCGAUGAGCGACAAGGGCGAAGACCCACUCAAAGGCUCGCUCCUGACGGCUGAAAUCGGCAGGGGGCGUCACACCCACACGAGCCUUGUGCUCCACCACCAGCUCGAUAACCUGAUGGCCGACCUGGCGCCCUCCUAUCGCAGCGGCAUUGCCUGGCUCUUGGCCGACAUGACGCUGAUUACGGUCAUGACCGUUCUGGUCAAGUUCGAGGGCGCCACCUAUCCCGCUAUCCAACUCGUUUUCAUCCGUUCGCUGAUCGGGUUGGUCUCCAUCCUGCCGCUGGCGUGGCGCAAACGCCGCGCUGUCAUCGGUACCAGACAGCCCUUGCGGCACCUGGUGCGGGUCGGGUGCAACACGCUGGCUCUGACCUGCAAUUUUACAGCAUUGGCGGCCCUGCCGCUGGCGCUGGUCAACGCGAUCGGCUUUAUGCGGCCGCUGGUCGUCAUGAUGUUCGCCGCCUGGCUGCUCGCCGAAAAGAUCGCACCG